AUGUAUAUAGAUGAAACAGAUAGUGAUGAUACGCCAAAAAGUUAUACUAUAACAGAAACAGAUGAUAGGGAAGAAGAAAAUUCAUCAGGUAGCGAAAAUGAAGAAACAAAAGAAUUGAACACAUUAUAUGAAAUCAUAACAGAACAAGGUUAUGAGAUAGAGAAAUUAAAUAUUGAAAGAUUAUUUAGAUUAGGAUUUGAUCGUUAUGAAUUAGUGGUAGAUGGAUUUAUAAGAAAAUAUUUAGAAAACCAGGAAAGAGAUGAUAAAGAUGUACAAAAAAGUUUAAUGCAAUAUUUAGCAAAGAAAGGUUAUAGAGAAAUAUCGGAUAAAAAAUCUGAUGAAUUUAAUGAAUCUGAUAAUGUUGAAGAGACAGAAAUAACAAAAAUAUUUGAAGAAAUAAUUAGAAUGGAUCUGAAAAGAAUGAGUUAUAAUGUAGAAAUAACAGAAAUUGAAAGAAUAAGAAAAUUUGGAGUAACUGCAAAAAUAAUAACAACGUACGAAUUUAUGAAGAAAUAUUUAACAAUAUGGAAUCUUGAAGAUGAGGAGUUAGAUAAUCAAAUCUUACAAUGGAGAGUUGAAAACACAAAAGAAUGUGAAAGAUGUGAAAUUGAAAGAUUAAAGAAAGAAUUCAAAAUUGGAAAAGAAACUUGCAUAGAAUGUGAAAAAGAUAUUGAAAAAGAAAAUCCAACAGAUGAUGAAGACGAAGUGGAAGAAGAUAUAAAAGAACCCGAAAUUGGCUCAAGUAAAAAACCAAAAAGCAAAGAGAAAAAUAAAGAAUUAAAGAAAACACCCAUAAUACCAAUAACACCAGUAAUACCAGUAAAACUAAAGAUAACAAUGGCAGCAUCAAGAGAUGAACUCAGAGCAGAUCUCAGAGCAUUAAUGAACACUAUAGGAGCUAUUGUGGAAAUACCAGCAUUUUAUGGUACUAGUGGAGAAGAUCCAGAAGAAUGGGCAAGUAAAUUUGAGAAAGCAUUUACAGUGAAUGGUUUAGGAAAUGAUGACACACAAAGAUUUAUAAUAGCAAAAGCAAGAUUAAUGGGGGAGCAGCAGAUUGGUUAA